UCUUGCUUUCUUCUUCUUCUUUGACGAGGCUGCUUACGAUUCCGAUGAUCAUUAUGAUUAUACUGAUGUCCAUGUCCUCGCUUUGAUACAUCAUUUGAUUGUGUUCAUUUUCUUUCUCGUAUUGAUUUUUUAUUCAAUUUCCUCUGUUUUCUCUAUGAUCUAAAAAUCCUCUGUUUUGGUCAAAUCCUCUGUUUUCUGAUAUGGGCUGUGCGAGCUCGAAGCACCGUAAACGUUGCCUCCACUGCCGGCAAGGAUAUUCACCGGUAGAGAUAUCACCUAGACCCUCCGUGCAACACCCACCGCAACAUUCCGACGACAUGGUGGCUCUCAGCUCCUCCACCCUCGGAUCCCUCAAGCUCUGCUACUCCUCUUUCGGACAUAGCCGCAUACACUUGGCAGAUUUCACCGGUAACCUUGCCACCGACCAAUCCGGAGAAAACCGACAAGAAGAUGGGUUUGGUCAGAAAGAAGACAGAGACAAGGAAAUGCAAGCUAAGCUUAUGGAAGCUAAAGUAUGGUCAAGUAUGAUGAACGACAAGAUCCCCAAGAUCGUCCCCAAAACUCCAAUCUUGACGCCUCCUGGAGAGCCAGAAACGAUCAACACGUGGGAGAUGAUGGACGGGCUUGAAGAUUCCAUUAGCCCUCUUCGGUCACCUAGUCACGUUAGGAGCUUAUCGUUUGAUGGUGGUUGUAAAUGUCCCAAGGGGAAUGGUAAUGUGAUACUCUACUUCACAAGCCUUAGAGGUAUAAGGAAGACAUAUGAAGAUAGCUGUGAUGUCAGGGUUAUACUAAAAAGCAUUGGGGUUAGGGUGGAUGAGCGUGACGUAUCGAUGCAUUCGAGUUUCAAAGACGAGCUCAAGGAGUUAUUACUAGAGGGUAAAUUCAAUAAUGACGUGGGGAUCACCUUACCUAGAGUUUUCUUGGGGGGGAAGUAUUUUGGGGGAGCAGAGGAGAUUCGAAAGUUGAAUGAAGAUGGGAAGCUUGAGAAGAUUCUAGAAGGUUGCGAGAGGGUUGAAGAGAAUAAAAAUGGUAAUGGGCAAGAAUGUGAGGCUUGUGGAGAUAUAAGGUUUGUGCCAUGUGAGACAUGUUCGGGGAGCUGCAAAGUGUACAAUGAAGAUGAUGAAAGUGAAAAGGAAGAUAGAGAUUAUGGUUUCCAAACGUGUCCUGACUGUAAUGAGAAUGGACUCGUUAGAUGUCCUCUUUGUUGUGAUUAGCUGUUUGAACACACACACACACACAGAGAAAGAGAAGCUUGCUCUUCGUUUUGUUUGUUUUAACUUAAGUUUGUGUGUUGAGUGUUUUAGGGUUUUCUUGCCUCUAGAGAUUUUAUUGUACAUAUAUA